AAACCUGAUGAAAUUGUCUCUAGGUACAAUAACAGAACAUACAGAGUUGAUGACAUCGACUGGGAUGCCAAUCCACAGUGUACCUUUAGAAAAUCAGAUGGUUCUGAGAUCAGCUACGUGGACUACUACAAAAGGCAAUAUAAUCAAGAAAUUACUGACUUGAACCAGCCUGUCUUGAUCAGUCAGUCUAGGAGGAGGAGAGGAAGCAUGAUGCCAGGGCCCGUGGUUCUAAUUCCAGAGCUGUGCUUCCUAACAGGAUUAACCGAGAAGAUGCGUAAUGAUUUUAAUAUGAUGAAGGACUUGGCUGCUCAUACACGGCUGCCACCUGAGCAAAGGCAACAUGAAAUUAGAAGACUUAUUGACUACAUCCGAAAAGAUGACAGUGUUCAGAAGGAACUCCGAGACUGGGGUUUAAGCUUUGAUUCUAAUUUAUUAUCCUUUACGGGAAGAGUUGUCCAAGGAGAAAAGAUCCUUCAAUCAGGAAAUGUGUUUGAUUACAAUCCUCAGUUUGCUGAUUGGUCAAAGGAAACUAGGGGAGCUCCCUUAAUCUGUGCAAAGCCUCUGGACAACUGGUUAUUAAUAUACACACGCCGCAACUAUGAUAUUGCUAAUACGUUACUUCAAAAUCUGUUUAAAGUCACACCAUCCAUGGGCAUCAGAAUGAACAAGGCAACCAUGAUUGAAGUAGAUGAUAGAACAGAAGCUUAUUUAAGGGUUUUGCAGCAAAGUGUUACCCCUGACACAAACAUAGCAGUUUGUGUUUUGUCUAGUUCCCGAAAGGAUAAGUAUGAUGCUAUCAAGAAAUACUUAUGUACAGAUUGUCCCAUUCCAAGUCAAUGUGUGAUUGCUCGCACUUUAAGCAAGCCUCAGACUGCUAUGGCCAUAACAACAAAAAUUGCCUUACAAAUGAACUGCAAAAUGGGUGGAGAACUUUGGAGUGUUGAGAUCCCACUGAAACAGGUAAUGAUUGUGGGAAUUGAUUGUUACCAUGACACCUUAUCUGGAAAGCAGUCAAUUGCAGGAUUUGUCGCUAGCCUGAAUCAAACAAUGACACGGUGGUUCUCCCGCUGUGCUGUUCAAGGUCGUGGGCAAGAACUCGUGGACGGGCUGAAAGCCUGCUUGCAAACUGCUCUAAGAGACUGGUUCAAGUGGAAUAAGUAUUUGCCCUCUCGUAUUAUUGUGUAUCGUGAUGGUGUAGGAGAUGGACAGCUAAAUACUUUGGUUAAUUAUGAAGUGCCUCAAUUUCUGGAUUGCUUGAAGAGUGUUGGUAAAGACUACAAUCCAAGACUUACUGUGAUAGUCGUGAAGAAACGAGUGAAUACCAGAUUCUUUGCGCGGUGUGGUGGAGAACUUAAAAACCCACCCCCUGGUACUGUUGUUGAUGUGGAGGUUACCAGACCAGAAUGGUAUGAUUUCUUUAUUGUGAGUCAGGCAGUGAGAAAUGGUUGUGUUGCACCCACUCAUUAUAACGUAAUUUAUGACACUAGCAAACUGAAACCAGAUCACGUACAACGUUUAACCUACAAACUUUGCCACAUGUACUAUAACUGGUCGGGUGUUAUCAGAGUACCUGCUCCUUGCCAGUAUGCUCAUAAACUGGCUUUCCUUGUCGGUCAGAGUAUUCACAGAGAACCAAACCUGUUGCUUUCAGACAGACUUUACUAUCUCUGA